GGAGCAAGACGAGGACUGCAAGCCCGAGGAGCGGAAACAACAGUGGUACGACUGGGAGGGCGGCGACGCGGGCACAUUCGUUUGCAAGCGCAACGCCAAGCUGCCUGUGGGCCUGCUCCAGAACGUCUCUGCGCAGGACCUCCUCGAGAAGCCGUGGGUGUCCCUACUGCCAGCGCUGGGGCCUCUCGCGGGCAAGGGCGGCGCGGCGCCUGCCGCGGAGGCCGCGCUGGCGCAGCCGCUGGAGCUGAAGGUGGACGGUCUGGUUGCGGGCAAGCCUGGCGCCGCCGCCCCGCCCGCGAAGGAGCCGAAGGUGGAGCCCCGCUUCGGGGGGAUCCUCGGCUCGCUCUUCUGAGGGGCGCCCUGCUGCGCCGCCCGCGGGUGCGCCGCAGCUUCGCUGUUGGUCCUCCUCCUCCUCCUCCUCCUC